GAGCAAUGUCUGCAUCAAUGUUUUGGCAGCAACUGCUUCUCCUUCUCUUCUUUAAUGUGGCAAGGACCCAGAGCUCCUACCUUAACUGUAGUAUAGACACAAGAUAUCCUCUUCUUUUCGUUGGAUUCUUUCCCUGUCUCAACCAAUGGGAUGAAGUAGGAGACUGUGAUAGGCUAGCCCUCACUGCAGUGGAAAGAGCUAUAGCAGAAAUCAACCAAGACACCAACAUAUUGAAAUGCUUUGAAAUAAAACUAUUAGCUCUAAAAGACCUAGUGCAGGAAACAACUGAACUAAUUGAGCUUCUGUAUAAUAAACAUGAUGGUCAGCCUAUUCAUGGUGUUAUUGGACCAUACCAUACUGAAAGUGCUAAAAUGUUUGCUUAUAUUUUUGGACAUUAUCUGAGUACAUUACAGGUUUCUUAUUCAGUGACUAGUGUAUUACUUGAUGACAAUCACAGAUAUCCUUAUUUUCACACUACGAUUCCAAAUGAUGAGUAUUUUAGUGUUGUUAUAAGUAAGCUACUGGAUUACUUUGAUUGGCAGAGAGUGGCCAUUAUAUCAGCAUUUGAUGAACAAAGUGCCUUGGUUUUACAGUCACUGUUUAGAGUACUUGCCCAUCACAAUAAGCAUCUUCAUAUUUUUGACUCUGUCAAAGACUUGGUCUCUGCCAAACUUGUUCUAAAAUCUACAAAAGCGGAAGAUUUUAGAAUAUUUAUUACUGUCAUGGAUCCAAUAGAUGCCAGAAAUUUGCUUUGUCAGGCAUAUCGAGCUGGCCUCACUACUGCUAAUCAUGUAUGGAUAUUGCAUGGUAUGAAUACUCCUGAUUGGUGGACAGUAAAUACUACUACUCAUGAUUGUACCAGCAUUGAAAUGAAUGAUGCUAUUGGAUCAGUCUUGUUUGUUGACAUUCAAUCAUCUACUUUUACUAAUAUAAACCAAGACAAAAGAAACACUAUAUCGAAAAUUUUAAACAACGAUGGAUCACUAACAGAAACUGAAUUUUAUUCUCUCUUACAUUCAAAAGUAUUUAAUGCUUAUGAUGCUGCUAGAAUACUUGCUCUAACGUGGAAUGUGACUAUUAAUAAUUAUACCACAGAGGAAUUACAUAAUCUUCUAAAUCAAUCCUGGAAGAUUUCAAAUGAAGAGAGAUACAAUCUAGUGGAAACACUUCAAUACAAUUUAGUUAAUAAUAUCAGUCCAUACACUGGAUUAGCUGGAGUAUAUGAUUUCAGUAGUGAUCAAAGUAAACUUGGUUCAGCUAUCAUAACACAAAUUACAGGUUGCAUGUUUAUUCUAUGCAUGUAUAGCUGUAUGUACCUACAUGUUAUGUAUAUAUUAGCUAUUACAAUUAUUUUAUUAUGAGGAUAUGAUAUUAGAUA